GGGCGUCGUCUCCACCUUCAUCGCCCCGGUCAUCGCCGCCGUCGGCUCAAGCGCCCAGGCUCUCUUGAGCCAGAUGGCGGCAGGCGCUCCGUUGGGGCGCGAUUUCUCACUGGCCACAGUGCUCGCUCCCCUUCCACCGGCGGCCUUCGGUGAUGUGGCGCGGGUGCUUUCCGCGGCCCCCUCGGCCUUGGCAGUGCCUUUCGUCCGGGUGCUCGCGGAGCGGAACCACGGGGUCGAGUUGACCGACAACGCCGUGACGAAUGUCAUUUGGAAGCUCGCUCACUAUCUUAACUUCGGCAAGGGCGUUGAUUUUGAUUUCAACAAUCCGUACCUCAAAGAACUGCAGAAGCUGGUGCCUUCGGCCCCCACAGUUGAGGUGCGCUCCACUCACGGUCGUUGCCCCCGGUGCCACAUGGCAGACCUCCAGAAGUGCGCCCUAAAGACAUGCAGCCGGGCGGCCUUCAAUGUUCAACGGCGCAAUCGCGGCAAGAUGGUUCUGGAGACCCGGCACCGCGUUUACACCAUGGGCGCCGGGAUCCAGAACGCCUCCUUCUCGGAGGAAUACUGCCCCAAGUGCGCCUUGCAUUUCCUCGGGCAGUGGCAGUACGAGAAGCACGACAGAAGUAGCGGGCGAGGGACUUACGGGAAGAUGAUAAACAUCAAGCUCGUUUCGGGGUCCAGCUCCCUCAAGUAUUUCUUCGUUCCGCGCGAGAAGGCUUGGCACGCCGUCGACGCGAAGCUAUUGCAGUUCCUCACGGACGAGCUACACCACAGUGGGGGGACAUUCAAUUCUGCAGUUCUGGCAUGGAGCGAGCACCGCACUGAGCUCGCGCAGCGAGGGCUGAUUCCUGGCGAAGACUUGACGCUUCUACGAGCCAAUGGCGUUCGCUUGGAGGACGCUUGGUAUGCGCGCCACGCUGCCCGCCUCGCCGGCGGCGCCGCAUCCGAACUCACGUGGUCUUUCACCAGGGGCGGCUUGGAGUCGACGUUGCUCGCUCUCGCGCCAGCCGUGCGCCAAGCCCACGUCGAGCGCGCCGUUGAGCACGCCCGCACUUGCCCGAAGUGUGCUGGCGAUCUCCUUGUCCUUCUGGACGGGAAAUACGGUGCGCGUCGAUUCAUAUGUGGCGGGCUGGACGGUUACGAAAACAUGGGCACGCUGCAGAUGGAACUCUACACGGGGUGUCUGAAGAAUACGGAGAUUUUGGGCAUCGCUCCCGCGGCCGCCCCGAACGGCGAAGCGUCUGCCCUGAGAUACUUGGUGCGCUGCUCGGACCCAGACAAUCCGAGCGAGACCUUCGACGCCUUCCUGCCGAGGGCGGAAGUAUCACAAGAGCUGCUAGCAACCUACGAGAAGUCUCUGCUUCCAGCAAAUGGAGACCAUGGGAACAAGAAGGCGCGGCCUGCGUGGCUCAAAGGCCACCGACAGGUCACGCGCUGGCUGAAGGGGGCGAGGCGGCGCCCGGGGGCGCCGCGGCCGCGGUCGCACUUCCGCGGCGACGGCACGUUCCCGCCGACCAGCGGCAGCAGGGCUGCCAAGGAAGCGGAAGGUGCGAAGCGCCAGCUUUGCCGCGGCUGGCUUGCGCUGGACGAGGAACAGAAGCAGUCCAUCCUGGCCUGCGGCGUCGACAAGCUCCAGGGCUCCGACAAAGUCCGGCGAUGCACUGGCGGUAUUAUGACGGCCGUCGCGUCUUGCGGCUGGCUCAUGGAUUGGAUGGAGCUGACCCGCGGCGAAUCCAUCGAGGUCGUGUACGCCUUCGCCUUGCGGCUCCACAAGGACGCCCGGGGCCUCGGCUGCGUCAUCGGGUGGCUCGGCUACGACAACGCCUGCAAGUUGCUCUCCAUGGCACGCGCCAAGAAAGAUGAUUUUCUGCCGUGGACGAAAUCGCUGGCUGAGGAAGUGCGCAUUGUCCUGGACGGUUUCCACAGGGACAACCACACGUGGUGUCUGAAUGCGCUCCCGGAAGUUGACCCGCUGCAGCCGGCGAACGAGAAGUUUUUGGCGUUAAAGAACACGGAGGCUUGCGAGCAGCUCAAUGCGUGGAUGAGCCCCCGGACGCGCAUGUGCCUCGAGAUGACGAGAGCCCAUUUCCAGCUCCACUGCAAGCGCCGCCGCUUCGCCGCCGGGGCCCUGAAGCACGACCCCGACCUGCCGGCCCCGCGCAGGCGCCCGGCGGCUUGA